UUGUUAUUGUCAAUAAAUACUCAUUCAAGUAUUUAUCAUCAUUUGAAUUCAUAAGUCGGGUGUGUGGAACGUUUUUAACUCAUGUAUGCUGCAGUAUCGCGUUGUUUCUUGAUAUUUAAUCGGCAUCAAAAAUACUACAUUCGUAUUUUGAAACCGCCGUAAAAGUGAGUGAGAAUUAAUUUGAACUAUGGAUGUUUUUGCAAAAGUGCUGCCUAACAAUGGAAUGGAUUCGGUUUCGUUUGAGAAACAAGGAAUAUCUGCAUCCGAAUGGACACCAUUGUUGCCGAGGGCCUCGGAGACUACACGAUUCUGCAAAGUUUUCUUCGUACCGCAGCGAUGGGUGAUGGCAGUGAUGGGUUUCCUGGCGGUGGCCAACGCGUACACCAUGCGGGUGUGUCUCAACAUUGCCAUUACGCAAAUGGUGCGACGAAAGGCCGCAUCCACUGGCUACAAUGAGGGUUCCUGCCCAGCUGAGAUCGAGGAAACCACGGCCGAUCCUAAUGAUUUGUCUGGUUUCGACUGGAACGAAGAAACCCAAGGAAUAAUACUUAGCGCGUUCUACUACGGGUACAUAGUGACGCACUUGCCUGGAGGCAUGCUGGCGGAGAGGUUCGGCGGCAAAUACUCGCUUGGCUUCGGGGUGCUGAGCACGGCCGUGUUCACCUUGCUGACGCCAUGGGCGGUCAGCAUGGGGGGCGCCACUGGACUUAUUGUGCUGAGGGUGCUGGAAGGACUGGGAGAGGGUACAACAUUCCCAGCAUUAAACGCCAUGCUGGCUCGCUGGGCCCCCAUCACCGAGCGAGGCCGGAUGGGCUCACUAGUGUUCGGAGGAGCGCAGAUCGGCAACAUCGCCGGCACUUACCUUUCCGGACUCAUCAUGAAGGAGACUGGCGACUGGCAGUCGGUGUUCUAUCUCUUUGGUGCUGUUAGCAUACUGUGGUUUAUUCUAUGGUCGGUACUCUGCUACAACGACCCCGAGUCCCACCCCUUCAUUUCCGAUAAGGAGAAGAAAUAUCUGGAGGAGGCACUGGGCAGCCACCGAAACAGUCAGCCUUCGUCCAUCCCGUGGAAGGCUAUCUUCAUGUCUGUGCCGUUGUGGGCCCUUGUGUGUGCCCAGAUCGGCCAUGACUACGGCUACUUCACGAUGGUGACGGACCUGCCAAAAUAUAUGACCGGAGUGCUAAAGUUCGACAUUCACCGCACUGGGACCCUGGCGGCGCUCCCGUACGCCGUCAUGUGGAUAUGUUCCAUCGUGUUCGGCUGGAUGUGCGACAAGAUCGUUAAGCACAACUGGAUGACUGUUACUAAUGCCAGGAAAACGUUUACAACGAUAGCGUCAGUAGGCCCAGGAAUCUGCAUGAUCCUGGCCUCAUACUCCGGCUGCGACACGACGACCGUGGUGAUCUUGUUCACCGCCUCCAUGGCCCUUAUGGGGGCCUUCUACCCCGGCAUGAAGGUCAACGCGCUAGACCUGAGCUCCAAUUACGCGGGCACUAUUAUGGCCAUUGUGAAUGGCAUCGGGGCGAUCACAGGCAUCAUUGCUCCGUACUUAGUGGGACUGCUGACGCCUGAUAGCACCUUAGUGCAAUGGCGCCUCGUAUUCUGGAUAACCCUCGCCGUGUUCAUCGUGACGAAUCUGGUGUUCGUGGCGUGGGCCUCCGGCGACGAGCAGCGGUGGAACAUCACCGGCCGGGACCCUCGGAAGCAGCAGGAAGCUGAGAUGACGCGAUCCGUCAACGCUGAGAUCAAAUUGUAACUAUAGGAUUCACGAAUACGAGAGAACUCUCUGUAUAUGUAUUACCUACAUGUAAUGCACUAAUAGUUAACUGGAUUUUAGACGACAACGUCAAAAAUUAAGUGCUUUACUCGUUGCCGGCUGAAUGAAAAUGUGAGAAAAUUAUAAUUUUACAUGUUAUCGAAAAAAAACGGCGGACAGUGAAAGUAUCGUGCAUAGACAAAAUAGUGACGUAAUAGCUAACAAUGGUGCAAAAAAUAUAGUAGGAUUGUGAACAAAUAUUAAAAUAUCGGUGAAUUAUUUUUCUAGGUAACCGACAUUCGAACUGGGCCCAUGGGAGUGAUUGAAUAUGUGCGUUAAUAGAACUAAUAAUGUAUAGGGCGUUUACAUAUAGUAUUAACAUUAAACUUUAUAGGAUUUUUAUAUGAAUUGACAAUGUCGAGGCUUUAGCUAAAGCAGCUUCUUGGAGAGAAAAUUGACAAAUUUGUGGACAUUAAAAACAAAAACAUAUCAACUGAUUAUGUGAUUGCACAUUAUACUUAUAUCGUCCACUUAGUUAAUGAUUACUAGGUACCUAGCUAAUAGGGAAAUAUAGCUUUUAAUGAUAGAUAAGGUUUAUUAGGGAAUUUCUCUAAAUAUUUAAAUCCACAGCCAGUGUAGUGUGAUAGUAAUUUAAAAUAGAGACCAUUAAAAAUUUCAAAGAAAUAAGAGAUUAAACGACUCGAAUAUAAAUAAAUAUAAAUGGUGACAUUUUUGAUUAAAUAUGUGUGUGUAUCGAAACGCCUAAAUAUUCAGCCUAACGCGCGUGUAGCGUUCUUACCCAAGAAUGCGCAGUUUUUUUUUAUUUGUAUUACGCCCGAUUUAUCACGCGAUCUUUUUAAGAUUGUAUUUUUUAUCUUUCCAACACGCCGUGGAAAAAAAUGUAUUGUAACAAAGGAGAACAUAAUUAUUUGAACUUUGUGACUUUCAGUUUUUCGCUGCGCUCGUGAAUCUGUUAAAGAAUUUUUCACCUGAUCGGAGCUUGAAAUCAGGGCUCGCAUCCAAAACCGUAUUUGCUCUCUUGUUGCACAACCACCUACUCGUAAAGUAAGAUGGGGUAAUACUAUCACUUGUAUGGAAUCCUCAUACAGUUUGUUUUGCCCCGAGCAAAAUAAACAAUGUUACUCUUACCCCACCUUACCUUAUUAUUUUAUAUUCUGGAAUAAAUAGAAGUAAGUUAACAUCCACCUGUUUCAUAACUCAUAUGAAGUAUUUUGUAGUUAUGGUAAUAAGUGUUUCUUUCCUAAUUGUUGUAAAUAUAAUGUAAGUUAUCUUAAUUAAGGACUGUUAUAAAAUAUUUCUUACGAGCAUAAUGUAUCUAUAUGUAUUGUGUAAAAAAACAAGUACUAUGAUCGUGUACUAAGGUACAAUCAGCUAGAUAUAAAUAUAAGUAAUUCCAUGUAUGCAGCAGGGGUGCAAUUUGUGGACUGUACAUGGAUUACUGUCGUAUACGGAGAAUAAGAUCUGUUUAAAUUGGAAUCACAAUUUGGAUUUUAAUGUUUUAAUUUAAACAAAGGCACUUAUAAAUUAUGUAUGUACCUAAAGUAUCAUUCUAUGGAACUUGCUAAUUAUGUAAACAAAAGUCACUAGUAAAUUCAUCGUUCUUUGACAAUUUCAAUAUGGCGGUUUGUUUACAUAGUUAGCAAGUUCCACAGAGUGACACUUUACCAACGGUUAUGUUUACAAACUUAAGGAAAUGUAUCACUUAAGGGCUGUGAACAUGUUUGAUUAAGGUAUUUUCUAAAAAAUUGCCCUCAAAGUGCAUUUGUGCCAUUGUAUAGAUAUUAAUUUAUACGAAUGAGUGAGAUAUUCAAACUAAGAGACAAGACAAAAGUACAAUAUCAAGAUUAAUUUGUUAAAUAAAAACAUUGCUUGAA